UGUUAUGGGCGCCUCAGUCUUGGCUCGCCUGGGCUCUAGGCAAUAUCGCCGACGUGGAAGAAUCGCGGUAAGCUCUUCGCCAGGGAGCCCCGGGAAACGGUCUAAAGAUAGAAAACGGGAAACGCGGGAGAACGAUAAUAGAAACUGAUUCAAUUUACAAAUCUAGAGUUUGUUGUAAGUGAAAAGUGAAACGAUAAAUGAGUGAUGAAUGACACGUCGUAGAAAAGAUUUCGUGAAUAUGGACGAUAAGCUGUAAGGGAAAGUAAAAAUAUCGAGUGUCAAUGGACGACGAGAUAAGACUGGACCGAAUGAUGUUUCCUUGAAGAGGAUGAUCAGGAUUAAAUAGAUACGAUAGGAUAGUUCCUUCUCGGUUGAUCUCUUAUUCUCAUUUAUUUCUGUCUCGGUGUUAUGAGGAGCAGAAGGAAAAGAUAUCAGUUAUAACGGAGAACGUCAGGUGCUCUCGAUUGGCCCGAUAUAAACGAAGAUAGGAAGAGAGGACAGGAAUCGAUUUGAGGGAGAGAGAAAGAGAAAGAGAGAGAAAGAGAGAGAGAGAGUGAGUGAUAUAUAGAUACAUACAUAUAUAUAUAUAUACACAACGUGUCAGUGAGAAAAGAGAAAAGAAAAAAGAAACAAUUGUAUUGGAAGAAAUGAUCAUUCGAUGAGGACACUCGAUAUCUCGAGGAACACGCGAGAGAACGAGAGAACGAGAGUGAAAGAAAAAGAGAGAGAGAGAGAGAGAGAUAGAGAGAGAGAGAGAGAGAGAGAGAAAGCUUUCUCCCGCCGACACUCGACCUCCUGUCAAUAUCAUCAUCCCCCUGAUACUCGAGAGCAACCACCACUUGUACUUCCUUCACCCUCCAACUUCGCAUUCCGCCGACUCGAAAUGAACAUUCCCAAUGUGACGUAUCCUAAAUGACGUGGUUCUUUCUCAAUUGGCCUUCGCUGACUUAGUUUCAAUUCAUUCUAGAGAAGAUUGAAUUGAUUCUUGAAAUAACCAACGAGAUCAGUGAGAAUUCUGUACCAUCUAUUGUUUCCUUGUUUUUCUCUUCUAUUCGAAGAUUAGCGAUGGAAGCAGAAGAAAUUUUAGCGACGAGCCAGUGCUUCGACCGGUGUCACUAUUUCAAGCACGUGUUUGCGUGUUAAAGAGGGGCAAAAGUAGAUCUUGAUCGCGCGUGCGUGACGACGAUGAUGAAAAUGUUCCGAUAAAAUGACGAUCGUGAUUAUUAAAGAACGAUCGAUUUGUCGUCGAUGACGAAUCGAAGGAAAUUAGAAAAUUUCAAUUUUUUCAAUAUCUUAUUGGACGACAUUUCGAGUUCGACAGUUUUGCGUAUUUUUUACUGUGGACCAGCUUUAAAAAAAGAAAGAAAAAAGAAAUAUUCCCGUGUUUUUUUUUGGGGGGGGGAAAGAACAUUUAUGAAGGAUAAACUUGACGCUAAACGGAAUGCUUUCGAUCAAUAAACGAGACGAGAGAGACGAGCGUUCUCGAUCGAUGAUCACCGCUCGAGGAUUCUCUCGAUCGCCAUUUUGAAUCUACUCGUGAUUUAAUCCACACGAGAAAUAUCUCAUUGCGUUUUCUCGACCAAAGUGAAAUUAAAGUUAAAGUAAAGCAAAAAAAGGAAAGGACGUCGCGAGGACGUCGUAGAUAAUCAACCAAUCAAGAUGGGCUGCGAACUUAGCAAGCUGACAGCCGCGAAAUCGCGAAAUCAAAAUGAUCGCGAAGGUUCACCGCCACCUCCUCAAACUACGACGGAUCCAAGACUUCCUCUAACAGCAAGACAAAAAUUUACUGUUAUGGCUAGUUGGAGAGCCGUAGGGAGAGCCUUAGAACCUACUGGUGUCUACAUGUUCAUAAGAUUAUUCGAGGAGAAUGCAGAACUCUUAAAUCUCUUCACCAAGUUUCGGGAUUUAAAAACGAAGGAACAACAAUCGUCGAGCAUGGAAUUGGCCGAACAUGCUAGGACGGUCAUGAUGACUCUCGAUGAAGGAAUUAAGAGUUUAGACGAUAUGGAUACUUUUCUAGCGUACUUGCAUCAGGCUGGUGCAUCGCAUACUAAAAUACCAGGCUUCGAUCGACAAUAUUUUUGGAAAAUCGAGAAGCCUUUCCUAGACGCGGUGGAGCGAACAUUGGAAGAUCGUUAUUCGGAAAACGUUGAGAGUAUCUACAAGCUGACGAUCAAGUUCAUCAUCGAGACACUUAUCGAUGGCUUUGACAAAGCACAAAGCGAGAUGGCCAAGUCCUAGUCGUACUCAUCAGAUGAAAAUGCGUCCUCUCUUUUUCUCUUAACGCGCCCUUUCUUUUUCUCUCGCGCACACGACGUACACCGGUACAUUUUGAAUAGCAUGUGCGCGCACGACACACAAGCAACACGAUGGACACACACACACACACACACAGACACGAAGUUAACACGCACACUGCAUAUGUAUACAUACGCAAUCGAGGAAAAGGUUCGCGAAACAGGAGUUACUCUUAUAUUACAUAUUUUCACGAUCGAUCGUCGGAGUUACGAUGGGAUCCUAAUUGUAUCGUCUAUAUAUAUAUAUAUAUUUUUUUUUUAUAUAUAUAUAUUCUUUUUUCUUUUUUCUUUCUUAUUAUUCUCAAAAGAAAAAAAAACGAUUGGAACAAAACGGAAUGACAAAGAAGGAAAACGAGAAAAUCUAUACUUGCCUGCGACUUUCGCGGCCAUCUUGCUUUCUUUUCUUAUUAAAUGACUACAACGUCAUUGGUCGGAGCUCGGUAUCGUCGACCCCGGCCGCCUUUUUUCUCUUUCUCUUUUUUUUCAUAGAAAUUCUGAAAAACGAUGAGAGAGAGAGAGAGAUCGUUUAGAGAUUAAAUAAAUAAAAAAAAAAAAAAGAAAAAAGAAAAAAAAGAGAAAAAAGAGAAAAAAAAUUGCAAAAAGAAAAAAUAAAAAGAGAAAGGAAGAAAAGAAAAAGAGAAAAGAUAAUGAUGACCGAUACUUCAACGUAGACGAAAAAUAAUAUCGGCAAAGGUCGCGUCGGUCGGUCGAUAAAGAGAAUUUCCACGAGCGUCUGUCCUUUUUUAAUUACGCUCGCUCGUUGUAUGUACGCACGUAUGCGUGCGUGCGUGCAUGCAUUUAUGUAUGUUUAUACGUACGUAUAUACAUAUAUAUGUACGUUUGUAUGUACUUUGAUGUAUGUAUGAUGUAUGUAUGAUGAUGAAUAUGAUGUACCUCGUAUAUGUGAGUAUACGUGUAACACGUAUACACGCUAUUCACUUUUAUACGCCGUUCGUCUCAAGAAGAUUCGUCGUCCGAGCUCUCUCCAAGAAAAUAAAAGAAAAAGAAAAAGAAAGGAAAGAAAAUAAACAAAAAAAAAACUAACAGAAAUAAAUAAACAAGAAAAGAGCGCGAGAGGAUGUUCCGAAUACUACAUGAGUACCUAAACCUUAUCGACGCAACCGAGGCUGAACGAUUUUACUAUGUAUUAUGAUAAACAUAUACAUAUAUUUAAAUACGAUGCGAUGUCAAUCACGACACAAAUAUCGCGUCCAAAUAUGCAUGUAUGUACGACACAUACGUUUUUACACGUAAUUAAAUAAGUCGAAAGUGACUCAAGAGGAUGAAGAAGUAAGAGAAUAUAAAGAUAAAUAUGAAAAAAAAUAAAGAAAGGGUGCAUAAUUUAGGAUACGCUCUUUCUCGUAAUGUCAAUUCCCUGAUAGGCCCUUGAAAAAGGGGCCUUACUUUCUCUCUCUCUAUAUAUGUAUAUAUAUUAUAUAUAUAUAAAUUAUAUAUACUAUAUAUAUAUAAUAUAAAUUAUAUAUAUAUUAGAUAUAUAAUCUACUACACUAUAUAUAUAUAGUUUAUAUAUUUUGUGUAUAUAUAUAUAUAUAUUCUCUUUUCACUUUAUUUAUCUCUGUCGAUAUUUUCGUCCGUACCGAUCGCAGCGCCCUACUACGGAUAAAACAGAAACGACAAUGUUAUCGAUCGUCGUUUUCGACGAAAACAAUUAUGGUAACAUCUUCUUUUAAAUUAACACAGAAAAAAUAAAAAAGAAUAAUAAUUAUUAUUAUUAUAAUUAUAAUUAUAAUUAUAAUAAUAAUAAUAAUAAUAAUAAUAGUAAUAAUAAUACUAAUAAUAAUAAUAAUAAUAAUAAUAGUAAUAAUAAUAAUAAUAAUAAUAAUAAUAAUAAUAAAUGUUCGAAUUUCGUGUGUUCCAUCGUCGUUGUUCGUUUUCGAUUAGGGCGAUGAUCGGCAUCGGAAAACAUCAGGAGUAUCAUACAAUCGUACCACGUACAUAUACAUAUAUUUUAUUUCAGAUUGUGUAUUUAACAUGACAGAGUGUUUAAGAAAAGAGAUACUCGUACGUGUUCCAUUAUCCACGAUUUUACGGUGUGCAUGGGCGAAAGAUAAAGUACGUAUGUAUCUACGAGAGAAUGAGAAAUGUUAAAAAGAAAGGAGAAAGAGAAAAAACAGAGAAAGAAAAAGAUUGAAAAAAAGAAAGAAAGAGAGAGAGAAAGAAAACAAAUUUCUUUAAAAGUGUCAACGCGCGUUAAAGUGUGCUUAGUUUACUUUUACUUACAUCUCGUCGAUAGUGAUCAGGUUAUUUUAAAACGCAAGUGUUUUCGAAAAUUUAAUCUUUAAACUCGCCACUUUAUUUUUCCUCCCUCGAUUCGUCGCUAUUGUACAGUGCGAUUUUCUUUUUUUUUUCUUUUUUCGAAUGUCGAUCGAUCGAUUAUUCUUAUCGAGAAUGAACGUUCAAAUCGAACGACGUGUAAAAAUGGCGAGAGGAUCAUAGGAGUCGAAAAACAUGAGCCAGUGAUGUAAAGGAAUAAGUAUAGUUUUGUAGUGUGAAAGAAGGAAAGAAAGAAAGAAAGAAAGAUGAAAAAGAAAGAAAGAAAGAAAGAAAGAAAGAAAGAACGAACGAAUGAACGAGCGAAUGGAAAAGGAACAAAUGCACAAAAGCCGUACCUUCCUUUUUCCCCCUACGUGGGAGACCUAUGUAACCGAAUGUCUUCAUUAAAGUGCAAGAGACGCAUAUACAAGGAUUACAAAGAAAAGAAGAAAGAUAAAUAAAGAAAUAUAUAUAUAUAAUAUAUAUAUAUAUAUAUAUAUAUCGACUGCUAGAUUACCUCGCAGUCACACAAUUGUUACAUUGUCUCUGCUGUUCGUCUAUCAUACAUACAAACAUAUAUACAUAUAUACAUACAUACUUAUAUACAUAUAUACAUACAUACAUCAUACACAUACAUACGUACAUACAUACAUAUAUACAUACAUACAGCAGUUCCACACCGAUGUACUUAUUGUAUCUAAUGAAAAAAGAAUAUGAAAAGAAAAAAGUCGCGCCGAUGUCAUUUUUGUACUCGCUCGUACAGGGACCUUUGACCCCAUUUUAAAAUGUCACUAAAAUUUCAUUUAAUUCGUCCUCGCAGCUGAUUAAUAACGGGCCUUCACGUGUGAGUAUGUCCUAUCUGGGUUAAGCACGUACGCUAACUAAUAAGGUAAGAGCCUUUGAUAAGUGGCUCCACCACCGACCGUUAAAAAAAGCGACCGCUUGGAAUAGGAUAUUAAAGAUCUUGGUGCUGUGCCUGUCGGAAAACAUUGUUGCUUCGUGUCUCUUCAAGUUCAAAAAAAAAGAAAAUCGAUUAAUAUCUUUCCGUAUUUAUUAAUUAAUUUUAUCUUUUUUUUUUUGGAUUUUAUUAUAUCGCGACGAAACCGGAAGAAGACAUUAUGUCAAAUAACGAUCGAUUGAUUAAUUGAUUAUUUACGAAUGAUCUGUCGUAUCAAAUGGAAAAUAUGGAUGAACAUUUCUUUCUUUUUUUUUCUUUUUUUUUCUUUUUUUUUUUUAUCGAGAAUCUUAAAAAACAUCCCACGCAAGCAUCGUGCUGGGAUGAAAACUCUGUCGAAGUAAAAUAAAUGUGCUUUUGUUAUAUAA